AUGACUGCCCAAGCCCACAUUGGCGUCACCGGCACAGUCCCCCCUCUAGAAUGGGACUGGGAUAUCGAACAUGCAGACCGGAAGCGCGAAGCAUUGGCCGACAAAGCCCAACACGGCGCGAUGCCGUUUGAGGUGGACCGCCGAGUGUUGAAGGACGUGGUUUUGGAGCACAUGAAGACCCCGGUGGCAAGGAUUGUCUUUCUCAGUGCAGGCACAUUCCACAAAGCCUACCUCGUUACGCUCACAUCCUCGCACCAAGUGGUCGCACGAGUGGCGCGCCGUUUCAUGCCGCGUCUCAAGACCGAGUCCGAGAUAGCUACUCUGCGCUAUUUACGAGAAAAGACGCAAUUAUCUGUCCCCGAAAUCCACCAUUACGACUCCAAUCCAUAUAAUCGUCUUGGCGGAGAAUACAUCAUCAUGUCCAAAGCUCCAGGAAUUCCUCUGUCGCAAGCCUACCAUUCCAUGCCCUAUGCGAAGCUCGUACAGCUGAUGGACAACCUUGCAAAGCUCUAUAUUCCGCUCUUUGGUCACCGAUUUCCCCGUAUAGGCUCACUCUACAAUGGUCCGGAUCCAACUACUCCAUCCCCCUCAACCAGCAAUUCACCAACACCCACUCUUACUCGUGGAUCUUCGCUUGUAAUGUCGUCUCUUGCAGAGAAGCUUACCCCGCGAGCGAAUCAAGAGCCCUACACGGCUUUUCCGUUCUCCCCUACCCUCACCCCCCGCGUUCCGGCAUUCUCCAAAGAUAAACAGCCCUUUCAUGUGGGCCCAAUCAUCUCCUGGCCAUUCUUCGGCACUCAUCGAGGCGACCUGCCCUCCACCGAUGUCCCCCGCGGCCCGUUUUCGUCCUCACAAGAAUACUUUGCCGCCUGCGUAAACCGCGAAAUACUCGGCGUCCAACGUGAAAACGCCGGGUCCGCAGCCGGCCAUAAGCUUCACCUGGACCCUGCCGAGAUCAGGAGCAGUCGCCACCAUCACGUUGCUGGUGUGCCUGGAGACGAGAGCGACGACUCAGAUGAGUGGGACCUAGAGGAGAGUGAGGACGAGUGGGAGGGCCCUGGAGAUGUAAUGUACCGUGACUAUCGAAGGCAGCAACGGAGUACCUUCCUGAUCCCCCACAUGAACCAGCGUGAAGAUGCUGUCAGGAGAGAAAUGGCGAGGUGGAUGGGUGUGAUGGAAACGUUACGCGCCGAAUGGCGAGCUGGAACAGAGAGGGUCGGUGUUGGCGGCAAGCAGGACGAGGAGUUUGCUCUCGACGCUCACGAUAUGAGCCUGGAGAAUGUCUUUGUGGACAGCCAAGACCCGUCCAUUAUUACCUGCAUAAUCGACUGGGAAUCAACAACCACACGCCCACUCUGGGCAGCCGCACAUCUCCCUGCCUUCCUCCAAUCAUCUCCGUUCACAGCCAAACUCUUCCGCGAAGCAGUUGGUCGCCUCGCAUCAUCAGACGGCUCCAAAAUGCCGUUGCUUGCCCGAGAAUGGCUCCACCACGAACGGACCGGCAUGCGUCUCCGAAUGGCCCAUCGCGUUGUCGAAUGGGACGGCUGGGAAGAGGGUCUGGUCGACAGCAUUCUCGGCCCCCCAGAGGCGGAAGAAGAGUGGUAUCACGACCCGGAUACAGUCGAGCAAGAUGCCGGCUCUCCCGACAGCGACCUCGACGAGUCUCUUUCCGAAAGCCUCGAGUCUGAAAAAGACGGCUCUCUCCUCGGCGAGAGUCUUAGCCGCCGACGAGACAGCGGGGAGAAAGCAAAAGCCGGCAAAGGCGGCGCUGCCACCGGAAAACCGACCAGCAAGCUUUUCGCGAAGAACCUUGAACGCGAGAAGGAGCAGAUGCUUGAUACGACUGGCGACAUUUGUGGCGGACGUGGGGGCGAGCUGGGUCGGAGGUUGGAAGCCUGGCUUACGGUCAGCGAAAACGCCAGUCCUGAGGAGACGGCGAACGGCUAUCAAUGGCCCGAGGGCAGUGACCCUGGUAACCGCGCGCUCGUCGAAACAUGA